AACGUAUGCCAUGCCUGAGUUGAAUUCCUCCCGGAAGGGGGAGAGAGAAAGAGAGGGAGCCAAUGUCCGCCAUCAUCCCCGUCCUCCCAGAAGAUGUCAUCUUCUAUGGCGUCCUCACUCGCUUGCCGGUGAAAUCUCUCCUUCGGUUCAGGAGCGUCUGCAGAAGGUGGCGGGCCCUCAUCGGUUCCGAUGCCUUCGUCCGCCUGCACCUCAGCCGAGCCAUCGAGGGCAAGCCCCAACUAUUUUAUUCGGACGGCGGCAGCAUGUAUUGCGUCGAAGGCGAGGCGGUGGUGGUGGAGAGGCCGCUGCUUCCUGAUCCUUCCUCGGCAUCGUCGGAAAUUCGUUCCUCUCUUCACGGCCUCCUCUGCGUAGAAACCGCUUCUGUUGAAGGGGAAGGUGGAAGAUGCCACCACCAUGUCGUGAACCCGGCGACCCACGAGAUUUUUCGCCUCCCGGGGUCCUCUUCUAUCUCGGUCUCGAUCUGCCAGCUCCUCUUCGACCCCUCUCCCAAGUGGGGCGCGCAUAAGGUUCUCAUCGUCUCCCACCAAGGGUCGGCCCUUGACGCGAAGAUAUUCACUUUGGGCGUUGAUCGAUCAUGGAGAAGCCUCGAGGGCGCUGUUCCUGCUGCAGCAUGUUGCUCUUCCACAGUUUCCCUCCCUUGUGUUAAUGGUGCCAUCCAUUGGUUGGCGGAGAUUUUUAAGAUCGUUGAUGAAACCGCAGAUGGGUUGCAGCCUGAGAUACUUCCCACCGAUUUUGUGGCUCAGCGCUAUGGGUCGGAGUCGAUUGUCGCUUUCGAUAUCCGGGAAGAGGGAUUCCGGCAGUUGGCGUAUCCUAAUUGCUGCUAUGGGGGUGACUUCUGCGGUGGAAUGCAUGAUGUGUACUUGUUUGAGAUUGGUGGCUUUCUGUAUUUUCUCCAUUUUGACGUCUCUAAUGCCACCUUGGAUAUAUGGGUGCUGAAGGACUAUGCGGAGGAGAAGUGGAUCAGAGAAUACAGGAUUGAUUCAGAAUGCCUCCGCAAGGAGUUGCAUUUGGCGGAUCAUUUCUUGAGCAUAGAUGUUCUAGCUGCAUUUGACGACGAAAUCUUUAUGCAGGUUUCUGGGUCUUUUGGGGAGCAGGUGCCGGCUUUAACUUCCUACCACACUGUAUUGAGAAGGUUUAGCAAUAUAUCGGAAAACAGGAUCCCAGAUAUCAUAACUGUCGAUGGUACAUACGUCGAAAGCCUUCUCUCUUGUAAAGCAAUUGAGCAUCCGGAACAUGAAUGAGAAUCGAGAGGGAUUGUAAAUGUAUAAUUGGGCCAUUGUGAAUUGCCCAACUACUUUUCUUUUUCAUUUUGCUGUACAUUCAUAAACGCAGUAUGAAAUGUAAAAUUGUCUAGUCGUAUGUCCCCUUUUAACUAGUUUCUUCUUUCUGUACAUGUUUGAUUGUCCGGCUUAUGACGUUGGCUUCGUUCUGGUAUGCUGAAGAACUGUAAUUAUCUCUUGCAUCCAAUCUAUUGUUUGGUAGGUUCAGACUUUCUGUAUAUACACAGGUUGGUGAAUUU